AUGUUUCGACCGGCACUAUCCAAAUGGAUCUCGCGGCCAAGCGAGGUCCUCUACAGAACCGCCUUCAAUAAUAUACAAUCUCGCGCCCCUCGAUCUCUCCUGGCGCAAACACAAGCGCAAGCAUUCCGGCGAACCCUCACAACAGGACCAACACGGUCCAGACCAACCAGCCCAUUGCUACCGAAGCAACGUCUGAAUCGCCGCUAUAACUCAUCCAGCAAUGGACAGACCGGACAGACUGGACGUACCGAGAAGGCCUCGCUCUCAGACCGACUGAAGAAGCUGUCACGGGAAUAUGGAUGGGCGGCAUUAGGCGUGUACCUUGCGCUUUCCGCGUUGGAUUUCCCGUUCUGCUUUGCGGCUGUGAGACUGCUGGGUGUGGAGCGUAUCGGACACUAUGAGCAUGUUGUUGUUUCGUUUGUGAAGGACAAGUUCAAGGCUGUUUGGCCGACAGCCGACGAGACAGAAGGACAGGGGAAGCUGGUGGAGGCUGAAGAGAGGAACAAGGAUGAAGCAAGCAUUUGGACACAGUUGGUGUUUGCGUACGCUAUUCACAAGAGCUUCAUCUUCAUUCGAGUUCCCUUGACAGCGGCAAUUCUGCCCAAGGUUGUCAAGACAUUGCGGGGAUGGGGAUGGAAUAUUGGCAAGAGGAAGCCCAAGACCACAUGA